ACAUGUAGCUGCUUUAGAAACACUUAUAGAGAAACUCAUUAUUGUGUUCCAUUUUGUAUAUAGUUUUAGCCAGAAACCGUCAUUCCUCAGUGCCCUAUACGAAAUGACUACAACGCCUGCUCGACGAACAUGCAGCUCCACGACGACAGUCAACAGUCAUCCGGCCGCCUCGUCUGUGGCAUCCCGGGUGCAGCUCAGCCUGCCCAGUGACUCCAUGGAAGCCCUGGAUGGAAAAGAGACAGAAGGGGAGAAGAGACGCGAGCACAGACAGAGAGGUGUGGCGUUUGAUGACACCACGAUGGGCGACAAUGAGAAUUUAGGCAAAAAGAGCUCCAAAUGCUGCUGUGUGUACGACAGGCCUCGUGAAUUUGGCGAAAGUUCUUCUGAGUCGAGUGAUGCGGGUGAUGUUGGUGAGAACUGCCACGGCGGUUGCAGGGGUCACAAGCAGAAGAACAAGAACGCAAAGAGUUUCAAUCAAAAACUAUUUCAAACAAACCAAAGAGGCUAAAGUUUCCUCUUCCAAUUCUAAACAGGGAAACAGUGAUCCUUCCUAAUCUAACAGUUUUGAUAAUCUUUAAGGUUGAACUUUUUCAUAUCAA